AUGGAUAUCAUUUUUACGACUCCAGGACUAGGCUGGAUUCGGAAAUUUGUCACGUGUCUGUCUUGCAACAUCCGGAAGUCGGAUGGGCAAUUCUCUCCGUCGUCCACGCCAUGGAACAGAACAGACACUGGCUCGAUCCUGCGAUGCCUGGGGUCUGGACUCUGCAUCAUCGUGCCCACUGCCAACAACAUAUUGGGUAAUUCGGAAUUCAGAAGCCAGCUCUUCUCCCUUUUUCUCAUCAUCCCACCACCCUGA